ACCCCUUGGUCGAUGAUCAUGGAGACCGAUCAUCCUCCUUGCACUAGCACCAACACCAAAGACAACAACGCUUCGACCAACCCUCAGCAAGAGAAACGGCACCGUUGCAUCUUCGACCUCCCGCCCAGCUUCUUCGAUUCCUGCCACCUUCUCUCAUCCCCUCACUCCUCUCUGACUUCAAUCUCCGAGCCGGUCGAUAACUCCAACGACUCCACCGCCGAAACCCUAGAAGUCCCCGAAAACGACGAGAAAACCGCCCAAAAAGAUGUCGUAGUGACACCUAGAUGGACCUGCAACACCUGCAAGGUCGAGUUCGAGUCCCUCCAGGACCAGCGCUCGCACUUCAAGUCCGAUAUUCACCGAUUCAAUGUGAAGCUAAGCAUUGCUGGAAAGAACAUUGUGAGGGAGGAAGAUUUUGAUGAGUUGACCUCUGAUUCUUUCAACGACUAUGAUAUAUCAAGUAUAUCAGGAUCAGAAGAUGAAGCCGACAAGGGAUUUGUUCCCAACAGUGAUUUGCUUAGGGGAACGAAUGAAAACUUUAAGCAAAAGCUAUUUAUCUGUCUUAAUACGGGAGAGAGAGUUUCGGUUUGGAAGAGUUUACUUAUGAAUGAAUCCGAAAGUGUUUCUUAUGAGAAUGAUGUUGUAGUAGACAAUGGUAGGUGUGUGCCAGAGAAUGAAGUGAUCAAGAGACUGAAAACUUUGAUUCAUGAGCCUAGGGAUAAAACCUAUUUGAGAAUUGUGUUGCUUGCAAGUGGUGGGCACUUUGCUGGUUGUGUCUUUGAUGGUAACAUAGUCGUUGCUCUCAAAACGUUCCACAGAUAUGUUGUAAGGGCCAAGGCUGGAAAAAAACAGUCAUCAAAAGAUGCUGGAGGCAAGGCUGUACAUUCUGCUGGGGCUUCACUUCGUCGAUAUAAUGAACUGGCUUUGAAGAAGGAUAUUCAGGAACUACUUGCUUCUUGGAAGCCUUAUUUUGAUGCUUCCACUUGCAUCUUUGUUCAUGCCCCUUCAAACAACCGUCGACUCCUCUUUAAUGGGGAACAACCUUAUUUUAGCCAUCAGCACUGUGUAGUUCGAAAUGUUCCAUUGACUGUUAGGAGGCCUACCUUGAAGGAAGCCAAGCGUAUAUAUAGCCAAUUGACACGAGUUGCCUAUCAAUUAGAUGAGAAGGAAAUUCCACCAAGCAUCGAAGUGGACUCAUGUUCAAGUGUGAGUACCAUAAAUAAUGGCAGCCUAGGCUCCAUCAAAGAAGAUGUGGGUAACAAGUUGGGCCAUAGGGAUAAUGUGGAUGCUUGUUCAAGUUACAAAAAAUCUGAAGCACUCUCUAUGUCAAGUGAGAGUGAGAUUGAACUUACUGGUAGAUCAACUCUUCUGCAUGAAGCAGCACAAUCUGGCAAUGCUUAUAAGGUUUUGGAACUCCUAGAACAGGGUCUUGAUCCUUGCUGCGAGGAUGAAAGAGGACGGACCCCAUAUAUGCUGGCAAGUGAAAAGGAAGUCAGGAACACUUUUAGAAGGUUUAUGGCCUCAAACCUUGAUAAGUGGGAUUGGCAAGCUGCUAAAGUGCCUAGUGCAUUGACAAAAGAAAUGGAGGAAUCUCAAGCUGCUAAGCAGGCAGAAAAAGAUGCAAAGAAGAAAGCAAGAGCAAAAGAAUUGAAGAAAUUACGUAAAGAAAAAGAAAAGAAGGCUCAGUCUGAGGCUGCCCUAGGCCAAAAUGCUUCAAAAGUUGUAGAGAAUCAAGGAGCAACUUCAACUUCUGUUCUCAAGGGAUUGCAUUCUAGUAGUGGUUCACAGAUCUCGAAAGAGGAGGAGCUGAAAAGGGCACUGGCUGCUGAGAGGGAAAAGAGAGCAGCCGCUGCUGAGAGGCGAUUAGCUGCGGCUGCAGCCCAUAAUGGUCAAGGUAAUAACGUCCCAAUUGUGCCAAGCUCUUCACAACCCAAAAGUGGGUUAGCUGGCGACCUUACUUGCUCCUGUUGUAGUACUUCGCUGGCGGGUAAAGUUCCUUUUCAUAGAUAUAAUUACAAGUACUGCAGCACCUCAUGCAUGCAUGUACACAGGGAGAUCCUUGAGGAUGAAUAACAGAAAGCCCUUUUUUAAGUAAGUAA